AUGAUCAAUGUGAAGAUCACGGCUCCAGGUCGGAGCGCUCGUGGAACUCAGCUUGUCCAAGUGCUUGAAAAGGCAGCAAUUCCGCUGACGUUCUUGGAACGGCGGCACUUUGAUGAAGCAGAAGGUCAAAACAUCCUGGAGGAGGCCAUUGUCGUAGGACUACAGCAAGCGGACUAUGCAUCAAAGUUUGCAGCCAUGGCCAGCUUCAAUGCGUUGUGGCGUUACGUUGAGUCUGGUGAUGUGCGCCUCCAAGCGUGCAGCUGCAAAGUCACCUUUCGCGUUGCAGGGGACAUUUGUGUGGUCGACAGUUCCACAGCUCGCCUUCUCGAGCUAGUCUCUUCAUCUCGACGUUCUCUCAUGAGCCUCUUCAGCUGUCGCACUCCGCAGGAGCUGCGCCCACCUUGUUACAUUGCCUUCCCGCCGGUGGCAUUGUGGCCAGGGUGGGAGGGGCAUGCGCUUGACGCCAACAGGCGUUUCAGACAACAAGGGGUGGGUGGUUACAUGCGGGCCGGGUGA